AUGCUGCAGGACUGCUUCGAUGACAUCAACAGGAAUGUCUUCCACGAUGAGGAUGUCUCCAAAUUCACCGAUAGAGUCCCGUACCUCAUCCAGAAGUGGAUCACCAAUGUUGUCCCCCAGAAGUCGGACAGGGUCUUCCCGAACCAGAAACCCUGGAUCAGUAGUUCUGUGCGAGCAGCAGUCCCGUCGCGACAUCGAGCUAACAUCGCUGGCGAUCAACAAGGGCUCAAGAAAAGAGGAGAAGUUGGCUGUGGGUCAGUUGGACUGGAGGAGGUGAAGUGGUCUGUGGGUCAGUAUGGACUGGAAGAGGUGAAGUGGGCUGUGGGUCAGUAUGGACUGGAUCAGGGGGAGAAGUGGGCUGUGGGUCAGUCUGGACUGGAAGAGGUGAAGUGGGCUGUGGGUCAGUAUGGACUGCAGGAGGUGAAGUGGGCUGUGGGUCAGUAUGGACUGGAGGAGGUGAAGUGGGCUGUGGGUCAGUCUGGACUGGAAGAGGUGAAGUGGGCUGUGGGUCAGUAUGGGCUGGAGGAGGUGAAGUGGGCUGUGGGUCAGUAUGGACUGCAGGAGGUGAAGUGGGCUGUGGGUCAGUAUGGACUGGAAGAGGUGAAGUGGGCUGUGGGUCAGUAUGGACUGCAGGAGGUGAAGUGGGCUGUGGGUCAGUAUGGACUGCAGGAGGUGAAGUGGGCUGUGGGUCAGUAUGUACUGGAUCAGGAGGAGAAGUGGGCUGUGGGUCAGUCUGGACUGGAAGAGGUGAAGUGGGCUGUGGGUCAGUAUGGACUGGAGGAGGUGAAGUGGGCUGUGGGUCAGUAUGGACUGGAUCAGGAGGAGAAGUGGGCUGUGGGUCAGUCUGGACUGGAAGAGGUGAAGUGGGCUGUGGGUCAGUAUGGACUGGAGGAGGUGAAGUGGUCUGUGGGUCAGUAUGGACUGCAGGAGGUGAAGUGGGCUGUGGGUCAGUAUGGACUGGAGGAGGUGAAGUGGGCUGUGGGUCAGUAUGGACUGGAAGAGAUGAAGUGGGCUGUGGGUCAGUAUGGACUGGAGGAGGUGUAGUGGACUGUGGGUCAUUAUGGACUGGAGGAGGUGAAGUGGGCUGUGGGUCAGUAUGGACUGGAGGAGGAGGUGAAGUGGGCUGUGGGUCAGUAUGGACUGGAGGAGGUGAAGUGGGCUGUGGGUCAGUAUGGACUGGAGGAGGUGUAGGGGACUGUGGGUCAGUAUGGACUGGAAGAGGUGAAGUGGGCUGUGGGUCAUUAUGGACUGGAGGAGGUGAAGUGGGCUGUGGGUCAGUAUGGACUGGAAGAGGUGAAGUGGGCUGUGGGUCAGUAUGGACUGGAGGAGGUGAAGUGGGCUGUGGGUCAGUAUGGUCUGGAGGAGGUGAAGUGGGCUGUGGGUCAGUAUGGACUGGAGGAGGUGAAGUGGGCUGUGGGUCUGUAUGGACUGGAGGAGGAGGUGAAGUGGGCUGUCGGUCAGUAUGGACUGGAGGAGGUGAAGUGGUCUGUGGGUCAGUAUGGACUGGAGGAGGUGUAGGGGACUGUGGGUCAGUAUGGACUGCAGGAGGUGAAGUGGGCUGUGGGUCAGUAUGGACUGGAGGAGGUGGAGUGGGCUGUGGGUCUGUAUGGACUGGAGGAGGAGGUGACGUGGGCUGUGGGUCAGUAUGGACGGGAGGAGGUGAAGUCGGCUGUGGGUUAGUAUGGACUGGAGGAGGUGGAGUGGGCUGUGGGUCAGUAUGGACCUGAGGAGGAGGAGAAGUUGGUUGUGGGUCAGUUGGACUGGAGGAGGUGAAGUGGUCUGUGGGUCAGUAUGGACUGGAAGAGGUGUAGUGGACUGUGGGUCAGUAUGGACUGGAGGAGGUGAAGUGGGCUGUGGGUCAAUAUGGACUGGAAGAGGAGGUGUAGGGGACUGUGGGUCAGUAUGGACUGGAUCAGGAGGAGAAGUGGGCUGUGGGUCAGUCUGGACUGGAAGAGGUGAAGUCUGCUGUGGGUCACUAUGGACUGGAGGAGGUGAAGUGGGCUGUGGGUCAGUAUGGACCUGAGGAGGUGAAGUGGUCUGUGGGUCAGUAUGGACUGGAGGAGGUGGAGUGGGCUGUGGGUCAGUAUGGACCUGAGGAGGAGGAGAAGUUGGCUGUGGGUCAGUUGGACUGGAGGAGGUGAAGUGGUCUGUGGGUCAGUAUGGACUGGAAGAGGUGAAGUGGGCUGUGGGUCAGUAUGGACUGCAGGAGGUGAAGUGGGCUGUGGGUCAGUAUGGACUGAAGGAGGUGUAGUGGACUGUGGGUCAGUAUGGACGAGGAGGAGGUGAAGUGGGCUGUGGGUCAGUAUGGACUGGAAGAGGUGAAGUGGGCUGAGGGUCAGUAUGGACUGGAGGAGGUGAAGUGGACUGUGGGUCAGUAUGGACUGGAGGAGGUGAAGUGGGCUGUGGGUCAGUAUGGACUGGAGGAGGAGAAGUGGGCUGUGGGUCAGUAUGGACUGGAGGAGGUGAAGUGGGCUGUGGGUCAGUAUGGACAGGAGGAGGUGGAGUGGGCUGUGGGUCUGUAUGGACUGGAGGAGGAGGUGAAGUGGGCUGUGGGUCAGUUGGACUGGAGGAGGUGAAGUGGGCUGUGGGUCAGUAUGGACUGGAGGAGGUGAAGUGGGCUGUGGGUCAGUAUGGACUG